GCCGGAGCUGGCAGGGGCGGCGCUGAGCGCGCAGGAGGCGGAGCUGCCGGCGCGCCCAAGCAGGCCUGAUCCGCUCCCCGGUGUGGGCGCCCGCUAGUCGUCCUGCCUGGGCUCCGCUGUGCUGCCCGGGAUGGGGCGCAGGAGCCGCUGUUGCAGCUGGCCGGGCAGCCGCCCUCUCUGAGGCCGGGCCGGGCUGGGCUGGAGCCGGGGGAGCCGCCGCGCCGUCCCCUGAGCCGCCCGGCCCGGGCGCCGAGAGACAGCGGCACCACGAGCGCACGGCGCGGCCGGGAACGAGCAGGAGGCUUGGUGCCUGGGCCAGAGCCCCCUACACUGUGCCCCCCUGAUGCUGGCUGGCCUGUGCCCAGAAGAUGAGCAGAUUGCUGGUGGGAGUGACCCUGGAGAGGAUCUGCAAAGCUGUGCUGCUCUUAUGUUUACUGCACUUCCUCAUCAUCAUGAUCCUCUACUUCGAUGUCUACGCCCAGCGCCUGGACUUUUUCAGCCGCUUCAAUAUGCGCAACUCCUCCCGCACUCUGCCCUAUGCCAAUGUCUCUCGGCCUAAUGGGACCACCGGGCCUCUGGGCCCUGAGCUCCUGGCCCCGAGUACGAAGUCUGUCAGUAUCAACAGCACUGUCACCGAGAAGCCCUUACCACCUUGCCCAGAGAUGCCUCCUGGCCUAGUGGGCCGGCUCCUUAUCGAGUUCAGCACUCCCAUGAGCAUGGAGAGGGUGCAACGGGAAAACCCAGAUGUGCGGGAGGGCGGCAAGUACUCUCCCCCAGACUGUGUGCCUCGCCAGAAGGUGGCCAUCCUCAUUCCGUUCCGGCACCGGGAGCACCACCUCAAGUACUGGCUGCACUACCUGCACCCAAUUCUACGGCGCCAGAAGGUGUCUUAUGGCAUCUAUAUAAUUAACCAGUAUGGUGAAGACACCUUUAACCGAGCUAAGCUGUUGAAUGUGGGCUUCCUAGAAGCCCUUCGAGAUGAUGAGAGCUAUGACUGCUUCAUCUUCAGCGACGUUGACCUGGUGCCCAUGGAUGACCGGAAUCUCUAUCGCUGUUAUGACCAACCCCGGCACUUUGCUGUUGCCAUGGAUAAGUUUGGCUUCCGGCUGCCAUACUCUGGCUACUUCGGAGGUGUCUCUGGCCUGAGCAAGACACAGUUUCUGAAGAUCAAUGGCUUCCCUAACGAGUACUGGGGCUGGGGUGGGGAAGAUGACGACAUCUUUAACCGGAUCUCGCUUAAUGGCAUGAAAGUGUCACGUCCUGAUGCCCGCAUUGGGCGCUACCGCAUGAUCAAGCACGAGCGUGACCGACACAACGAGCCCAAUCCCCAGCGGUUCACCAAAAUCCAGAAUACCAAGGUGACCAUGAAACGCGACGGCAUUGGCUCGCUACAGUACCGCCUGGUGGAGGUGGUUCGUCGUCCCAUGUACACCAAUGUAACCGUGGAGAUUGGCCGCCCACCACCACGCCCCCCUCGGGGCUGACUCUUUGCUGCCUGGCUCUGCCCAUGGCCCCAUGCAUGAGGAGCUGUGCGGAUCCCAGCCCUGACUGGCUCAGAGGACUGUGUCCUGGCUUGGAGGAGCUGUCUGCCUCCUUUGUGGGGAUGCGGGAAAGGCCAAGAAUACAUCUUCGCCUUUCCCCAGCCUUUGGCUGAAGCCCAUCUCCUGAUCACUAGUCAGUUCCCCACAGUGCCCUUCACAGGUUGGGGAGGAAGUGUGUGUGUGUCAUGGUGCCUGGUGCAGCACUUAGGGGUCCUGGGCACAGCCAAGCCCCACUCCUGGUUGGAAGGCACUGAGAGCAGAGAAACCUUGUGCAGGUUCUUGAACCUCCCUAUCCUCUCCCAGAACUUUUCACAGAGCGGCAUCCCUUAAGGAUCCCGGAAGUACAGUACAGGUAGUUGUUUACCUUUCCUCUCCGUGUGCAAGAGUGCCGUUUGAGCCUUCCUUCCAGGGGAUGGCCUGGCAUUGCGACAAAUGCCAGCUCGCAAGGUGUCCAGGUGGUUCACUCGUGCCCAGCUGAGGAGAAGCUCUUCCAAAGGAGAAGCUCUAAUGGGCCUGGCCACUGCCCACCUCCAUUCAUGGCUUGGUGCUGUCCCCCUGCUGGGCCCUGGGUGUCACUUCUGGCUCCAGUAACACAGGGGCGUUUUAUACAAAACCCUCAUUAGAAUACUUGAGUGCUUCCUGGGUUAGUGUGACAGGUAGCCUGUCUGUCAAGGGACAACAGGUCACUCUUCCUAGCAGUGUUUGCUCUUCUGUCUGUGAAUGGGGAAUGUUGGUUGGGCAGCAAGGGUGGAAUCAAAAUGGCAUGGUUCAGCCUACUCUCUGGUGUGGGCUGGCUUCUCUUUUUUUACAGGCACCGAUGGGCCUAUGGCCAUGGCUACAGAACAGAGGAAGGUGAAGUUGGCUUCUUGCUGCCUGUCCCCUACCUCUCACCUCCAACCCACUUACCCCAUACCAACCCCCACUCACCAAUAAACCUUCCCGCCAUCUGCCAGGCAACCUGCCGUUGACCACUCAUCAUGCCCUGCCACCACCUGAGGCCAGGCCCCUGGGUCCGUCUGCUCAUGACACAUGGUGGCCGUGUGCCUAAUUCCUGGAGCUAGGAAGCUGCUGGUGUCCCUCAUCUCUGGUUAUGGUGCCUGGCAGGUAGAAUCUCCUGCACUGGUA